AUGUCUCGUCGGCGACCCCCACUUCAGCGCCCGCAAGCAUGUUUGGAGGAACACUUUUCGGUCAGCAGUCAGCCCCCAGUGAGUAGCGAAGUCUCUUCUCCUGACUUUCCAUUUAAAAAAACGGUGUUGUUUAUUGUGCAGCCUGAUGUCUCCGCGACAACAACCACCGCCGCUGCCGCCUCUGGUCUCUUUGGCAGCACCGUCUUCGGUCGUCAAUCUGCCCAGGCCCUCCCUCUCUCGACUGUGGUGAAGUUUGGUUACAGACCUUCCAUGUCAGUGGCCAUCUACCGGGCCGAUGAGGAGAACUUGUUUGCCUCAACUCAGACAACAACAGCUCCUCCUACUGCUCCCUCUUCCAUCUUCAGUAGCAGCAGUGGUGGUGGACUUUUCGGGUCGGGCGUCGGCGGCCAGCCUACAGGUUUGUUCCUCUUGCACUGUCUGUCGACCUACUGCAGAAGUAGAAAUACCCAGCGAUCGCAUCACGGGGCUAGCCGCGUGUGUUUUUAA